AUGGCACGUCUAAACGAUGAGAUUAACAUUUCAAAGGAUAGAUUAAAACAACUUAAUGAUCUGAUAUAUGAGUAUUUUCAUAUAAAUGGCUUGACAGAAUGUGCAGAAAUAUUCAAACAAGAAAGUGGCGUAAAAAUUGAUAAAUCAAAUAUCAGUGAUUCAUCAACUUUAUUUAUUUGGUACAGUAAUUUUUUAAAGGAAGCCAAUAUUAGGAAAAGUCUUAAAUCUAUUCAUAAUAUUGAUCAAAUUGAAACAAUGACUAUAGACAAAGUAAAAUUUAAUAAUGAUGAAAUUAAAGUUUUAGAUGAAUCUUUACAAGAACUAGAAAAGGAAAAAAGAAGGUUUAAAGAAUUGUAUAAAAGUCUUAACUAUCAAAUUAUUUGUGAAAAUGAAUCUAAACAAAUACAAAAAAGUUCUUUAAAAAUUGAAUUUGAAAAGAAUCUAAAAAUUCCUGUUUUUAAUGAGGUUGAAAUGAUCGAUGAUUAUUUGAUCACUUUGAGUGAGAAUUGUAUUUGUAUAACAAAUUUGAAUGAUGAUUGCAAAAAUUAUCUAGGUUAUUCUAAGGAAAAAAUGAGAGAGAUGUCUUCUUUUAAUUGCAAUAAUAUAAUUUAUGUUGGUGCUGUUUCUGAUGAUUCAUUUAUAAAAAUAUUUGCUUUAACUGAAGGAAAUUUAUUGUGUAGAAAUGUUAUUUCUACUAGAAAGAAAAUAUUAAAAAUAAUUUUGAUUAACGGGUUGGUGUUUGUGCUUUCAAGUGAUUCUAUUGUUUCAAUUUAUACUAUUGAUGGUACAUUAAUUAAAUGA